GACCAGUUGCUUUGACGCUCAAAUCCAAAGCUCAGGACCCCAACUUCAAUUCUUCUAGAAUUGCUAAGCUCCAUGCAGAUCUACUGAGUCAUAUCUUGACCAAACCCAGGCUCAACAUUGCGUCAUUAACAAACAAUGUGUUAGUUAAACAUUAAGGAUUUUAUGGAGCUGCAGCCAAAGCACAGCUGCACAUUAAGACCACGGAGCAAGGCUUCAUCCAGAAACUACAGGAGGAAGAGCGUCAGAAUGAGUGUUGCUCAGAACCAGCCGGCGCUGGAGUCCGACCUGGAGGCCUUAGAGUGUCACUUCACCUGGGACCUGGUCCCCAGCAGGUCCCAGCUCUUCCGUCUGAGGGACCAGCUGGAGGACAUCGGCACGGAGGAGGGCUACAGCUGGCUGGGUCACAUUUACAACCUGCAGGGGUACGUCCACUGCCAGCUGGGACUCCUCACGGAAGCUCAGCGGUUUCUUGGCAGAGCUGCCGAGGCCUUCCGCCAGAUACGCAACACCGUCUCAGACGACGGACCCUGGUUGAUGGUGAACUACGGGAACCAGGCUUGGCUGCACCACCACCUGGGAGCAGAGGCAGAGAGUCAGGCCUCCCUGACAAAGCUCCACGCCCUGAAGAGCAAAUACCCGCCUCCAACCCAGGACGAGCUGCAUCCAGAGGUGUGCGCUGAGAAAGCCUGGACCCUCAUGAAGUUCAGCACAGAGCAAAAGCUGCUGGCUGCAGAUUACUUCCAGAGAGCCAUCAGGAUGCAGCCGGACAUGGUGGAGUGGCAGAGCAGCCACGUGCUGGCGUUGGUUAAGGCCUUUGAACACCAACCUCUGAGGACGGAUGUCUUAGAGAAAAUGAAAAUUGCCAAAAAACAUGACCCUGAGAACCUGUACCUCGCAGCUCUGUAUCUUAAGGCGUGCGCCGAGAGCGGUAGGAAAACGGAAGAUGAAGCACGAGAUUUGGCCAGAAGGGUUUUAACUAAGCCUGUUAGCAGCUACAGCGGCAUCAAACCACUGCUAAAGCUCUUCAGUGUCCAUGUUUCCAUAGAUGAGGCUAUAGAUCUGUCAGAGGAAGCUGUGGAGAGACAUCCAGACAAUCGCUACCUGAAGAGGUGCGCUGCCAUGUGCUACAAAACCAGGAUCAUGUUCCAGAAGGACCAUCCUCUGGAGCACAGCCUGGUGGAGCGAGCAAUCAGCCUCUACAGGGAGGUGAUCUCACUUUACCCUCACUCGUCACAUAAAAGACGAAUCUCCUUAGCAAACAUCUAUGCACAAACCAAUUACAGCCAAGUGUCUGCGGAGCAGAUGUACGAGAAGCUUUUAGAGGGUGACCUGGAGCCUGCAGAGGCUCAGAUGCUUUACAACCACUACGCCAAACAUUUACACUCCACCAGAAAGGACAAGCACCGGUCCAUAGAAUACCACAUGAAGGCAGCAGCGAUAGCUCAGCCAUCGUCCUACCGCCACAACAGCAUCAGUAUCCUGCAGAGGGUCGGAGCAAGAAACAGGAACCGCAUGUGUGGAGAAAUACAAGAGUUUCUGACCCACCUGCACUGAGGUCACUACGACAGAAGCUCACCUGAGGAAGGACGGAUCUCCAUGUCAGCUGAAAUCUGAUGAUGGGAGAUGAGAGUGAGAUGCAGGUUCAGACCUCCAACGGUUAAUUAUUCUGAAAAAAAAAUAAUUAAGAUGAUUUUAAUUGUGCUGCAUCUACUUCAUUUGUCUGUACUCCACUGGCUGACAGGAUAGGAUACGACUUUAAAGAUUCCACAAUGGGGACAUUUGUGACAAUGCACAGGACAAAGGAAAAAAGGAAAACACCAACCGUAAAAUAAGGAAACAACAGUAACACUUCUACAUACUUGUACUAAGAAUACUUGUACAUACAGAAGUAAUAAAAUGGGCAAGGCAUCAGUGCUGUCUCUGCAUGCCAUCUGGAUGGUGGAGACCAGACACUGCACAACAGCAGAUUGUGACAAUUGUGUGUCACUGCAGUGAUGUAUUGACAGAACAGCAGACAAGUCCAAAACGGUGGGAGACAAAACAACAGAAUCGAGCUGAGACCAGUUCACUCACGUGGGAAAUGCUGGUGGUUGCAGCCGCCGGUUUUGCAGCAGUGAAGAUGUUCAGCUAAAGACAACUUUGCGUUACUGAAGGACACAAUCUGAUGGGGUGCAACACAAUAAACAGACCUCACAACUACUUUUAAAGAUUCAUUCACUCCUUCAUUUAAAAAAGCACAGGUUUAAAACAUGAAUAACAAAAGAGAUUUAAUUUGAAGUAAAACAUAAGUUAAAAAAAUUCAUCAUUUUUACCUAAAAUAGUUUGUGUUGCAGACAAAUCAUCAGCAGAAUCACAGCAGCCAAAAAUACCAUUUCUCGUCCUGUUGCUGAACUUCUACGCUGCCAUCGUUAAAUCCAUCCUCACGUCCUCCAUCACAGUCUGUUUGCUGAGACGAGGCCGAGCUGCAGCCGUCGUCCACUCAGUGAGAAGGUGACGGCCGCCACCUCCCGUCUCUCCAGCAGCUGCUCGUCUCCAGGACGGUACCGACCCUCUGACCCAGGACAUGAACGCUUCCAGCCCC